AUGCCAAAUGCAGAAUUCACGCCAGGAAAAUGGUCGCAUAUCGAUGGAUUGCAGUUAGCAGUUCCUUGGUAUGCUGAACCGAAGGAAAUUCAAUUGUUAAUCGGGUCGGACGUGUUACUAGAAUUGUUUAAAGAAGGAUUAACUAAAGGGUCAGAUAACUCUCCAAUGGCUCAAAACACACUAUUUGUAUGGAUAUUAUCAGGACCUUUAGAUGUAGUGCGUACAAUCACAAACAAAAUAACGUUAUGCACCAUGGCUUGCGGCAACAGCGACGAGUAUUUAAAACGGUUUUGGGAAUUAGAGGAAAUUCCAAAUGCAGACUUAAGAACAGUAGAAGAAAGGCGUUGUGAGAGACAGUAUGAUUCAACUUGCACCCGCGAUAAAACAGGACGAUUCAUCGUUAGGUUACCGCUAAAAAAUGAUCGAGAAAUGUUAGGUGAGUCCAGAAAGAUGACAUUGAAAGGGUUCUUUACACUAGAAGAACGACUUGUGAAGAAUCCAGCACUAAAGCAAGAGUAUGUGAACUUUAUGCAAGAAUACAUUAAGCUGGGUCACAUGAGAGAAGUUAAUGAGAAACCAAAGACAAAAGUGUAUUAUUUGCUGCAUCAUGCAGUUAUUAAAGAAGACAGAACGAAAACAAAACUUCGAGUGGUGUUUGACGCGUCCGCAAAACCGACAUCAGGACAACCACUGAACAGUAUUAUGAUGACCGGCCCUACGAUUUAUUCGUUCUAUUAUUUCAGUGGAGAAUGUUUAAAAUAG